CAUUUGGGGGGUAUCUGUACUGUCCUGACAUUUGGGGGAUAUCUGUACUGUCCUGACAUUUGGGGGGAUAUCUGUACUGUCCUGACAUUUGGGGGAUAUCUGUACUGUUCUGACAUUUGGGGGAUAUCUGUACUGUCCUGACAUUUGGGGGAUAUCUGUACUGUUCUGACAUUUGGGGGAUAUCUGUACUGUCCUGACAUUUGGGGGAUAUCUGUACUGUUCUGACAU